AUGACUGUUGAAACCCCCAAGGCCAAGCUCAAGGUCGCCCUCUUCGGCGUCGGCCGCCUGGGCUCCAUCCGAGCCCGCAUCCUCACCAACUUCGCUCCGCGUAUCGAGCUGGUCGCGGUCUGUGACCCCAAGCCGGGAUCCGACAAGUGGGUUGCUCAGAAUCUCCCCGCGCACGUCAAGUUCUUCGCCGACCCAGAGGACUGCCUGGUCAAUGGCGGCGCCCAGGCAGUGCUCAUCUCGACGGCCACCGCGACUCAUGCUCCCCUUGUCCUCCGUGCACUUGACCUGGAUCUCCAUGUGAUGGUCGAGAAGCCGAUUGCUGUCGACAUUGAGACGACUAGGGUGGUCUUGGAGAAGGCCAAGACGAAGCCGCACCUCAAGUUCCUCGUGCCGUUCUGCCGUCGAUUCGACGAGUCAUACAGAUCCCUCAAGACCCUAGUCGACUCUGGCGAUCUGGGAGACAUUCAUGCUGUCCAGACGGACUGCCUCGACAAGCAGGACCCGUCAGGCUUCUUUGUAAACUUCUCCGAGCAGUCGGGUGGCAUCUUUGUUGACAUGGGCGUUCACGACAUUGACAUUGCCCGGUUCUACCUGGACGUUACCAAGGGCUGCCCCAACCCCAGGAAGCAGGUCAACCGCGUGUUUGCCGUCGGCCAGACGGCAGUCUACCACGACUUGAACAACCUCAAGACGCGGGACUGUGACAAUGGCUGGGGUGUGGUCGAGUUCAGCAAUGGCAAGGUGCUCAACUUUCACAUCGGGCGCACCCUCACCAACGGGUUCGAGAGUGCGACGCGUGUCUUCGGCACCAAGGGGUCCGCCAUCGUCAACAACAACUCGGUGAUCGACCGUGUGGAAGUACGGGACGGGCACGGCGUUCGCACUGCUACGACCCCAGACGCGUUCGUCCUCUACGACAAGUCGUUUGUUCACGACCUGGAAGAGUUUGCCAACUGCGUCUUGGACGACAAGCCCCUGUCCCUCCUUGCCGAUGAUGCCCUCGAGGCUGGCAAGAUUGCCACCGCCCUUCAGUACUCGUUCCGCAACAAUGUUCCGGUACUGUUUGAUGAGGAGGGUAACCCUGUCCUGCGCGCGUGA